AGCAGCCCAGCCUCCCUUCCUGCGCACACGCCCCGCCAUGCCGAGACGGUCCCGGCUCCCAGGAUGGUUCUCCUGCAGCUUCUGAACCUUAUGGCGCCCUGCUACUUCCUCUGCCUUCUUGCUGUGACAUUUAGCCUCCAGCUGUUCAUCUUCCUGCCUGGGAUGUGCGAGGAGCACGCGCUGCCUCUCUCCGCUCUUCUUCACAGUCUCCUCUUGGUCUUCUUCCUGGUCAAUGUCGUAGGAAACUACUUUCUAGUCAUCUGGAACAGUCCUACGUCCCGUGGGAAGAGUGCAGAUGCAGAGAUGUCCGAGAAACCGUUUUGUCAUAUCUGUAGCAGAAUGAUGUGGGAGCAGGAACACCAUUGCUUCUUCACUGGGACCUGCAUCGGCCGCAGCAACCUGCGCAGCUUUGUGCUGUUCUGCCUGCACGCCUCCUGCAGCUGCUUCCACGCUGCGCUGGUGGCAGUGGGAUACAUCUCGCACCGCUUCUCGCUGUCCUUCUCCAAUCCUCUGACCUUCCUCCGGCUCCUUCCUCUCUCUGUCACACGCUUCUUCUCAGGUUCUCUUCUUAGUUCGGAAAUGCUGGCCGUCCUCAUGCUCUACCUCUGGUUCGGGGUGGGUUUAGCCUGUGGUGCCUUCUGCUGUCACCAGCUGCUGCUGAUCUCCAGAAGACCAGUGUGCCAACAGAACCCGUCCACAGACCGCAGCCCCAGCCACUGGGUGGACAAUAUGACAAGCGUCUUCGGGAAGAGGUGGAUAAUGGCCAUACUUUUUCCUAGCCUGAAGGAGAAGUGAGGACAGGCUAAGCGGUUUGACCUAGUUAAGUGCCACCAUAGACUUUGCUGGGACAUGCCGCGUCGAUGACCUCACGAUGGGGAUUUAUACGGUUGCACUUUUUUGCUUAAGGGACCUCAUAUAGUAGCUUGUAGUGACUGCUGAAUCCUCUCAGUGACUUGCACACAGUUAGACCUUCCAAUAGAUUGUCCUAUAGCAGACAUACCUUACACUAGGACACUUCACACACACAUGAAUAGAGCUUGAAGCCACUUCCACCAAUAACUACAGUGGCCUCCAACCCUCCAGGUAACACCAUGCAUUUGUCAUCCCUUCAGCUAGCCCUGCAUGUUUAUGGACGGCUCACAGGGUCCUUCCUCUGAUCUAUACCAUGAGAUGUGGAUGAAUAACGAGAGCCAAUUAAUAACAUACAUCACUAGUUUCCACCAGCGGCUCAACCAUGAAAAAAAGGACUCAUU